CAGUCAGGUGAUUGGUGGGAGGUGGUCAGCUGAUCGGUGCGGGCCGGUGGCAGUGCUGGCUUCUCCUCCGCUCAGUGUCACAUCCAGCGGCUGCACGGAGCGUCCUGUUCUCCUCUCGUCACCAUGAACGGUCACCUGCUGCUGUAUUCCGGGGUCACCGUGGCCUUCUGGGCGACCCUCAUCAUCGUAGGUACCUGCUACACGAUAUUUGACCUGGGAUUCCGCUUUGAUGUCGCCUGGUUCCUGACGGAGACGUCCCCGUACAUGUGGGCCAACCUGGGCAUCGGACUUGCCAUCUCCCUGUCUGUGGUGGGUGCUGCAUGGGGGAUCUACAUCACUGGCUCCAGUAUCCUGGGGGGAGGCGUGAAAGCCCCGCGCAUUAAGACGAAGAACCUGGUCAGUAUCAUCUUCUGUGAGGCGGUGGCGAUCUACGGCAUCAUCAUGGCCAUUGUCAUCAGCAACAUGGUGGAGCAAUUCCGAGGGAACACUCCUGAAACCAUCGGGAACUCCAACUAUCAUGCAGGGUUCUCCAUGUUUGGCGCCGGCCUCACUGUGGGAUUCUCCAACCUCUUCUGUGGGAUAUGUGUGGGAAUUGUCGGCAGCGGAGCCGCCCUGGCCGAUGCGCAGAACCCCAGCCUCUUCGUGAAAAUUCUGAUUGUGGAGAUCUUCGGCAGCGCCAUCGGGCUGUUUGGAGUGAUUGUCGCCAUCCUGCAGACGUCUAAAGUAAAGAUGGGAAACUGAAGGCUGAUAGUUUGGAGGACACAGACUUUCUUCCGUGCGCUCACAGGCGCCGCUGAUCCCAGCCCGGCCGUCUUUCGUUCCUCGCGUGCUGUACCAUGUGUAUAUAUUUCAUUGUGAUAAGUAUAUAGAUUUAUUGCUGGAGAUUGGUCCUGUCUAGACGAGGGCCAGAGAAGCGGCGCCCCCCUCCUGGUCAUGUGAUCACGGCGUGUAAUAAAUCCCUCCCCUCCUGUUACGGUCACUUUCCCACAGUGUUGAGUAUUUUGUGUGAUUUCACUCCUGCCGCCAUAUCCUCUGGACCGGGUCUAUAGCUGCCCCCUCAGCCCAACACAGGGGGCGCUCUCUAGCGCUGCACGCACUGGUGCGGGACAUUAGGGGGCGCUCUCUAGCGCUGCACGCACUGGUGCGGGACAUUAGGG